AAUUUCAGAUCUGACCCUAGGAUAAAAUGGGAACAGAACCAAAAAUAGUUAUUUACUCAAUUACAGGGUGUCCACAUUGUGUUGCAGCAAAAAACUCAUUACAGGAGAAUGGAUUGACCUAUGUGGAUGUUGGAGUUGAUAGGUUUCCACCAAAUGUUAGAGAGUGGGUUGCCAAGAGAACUGGAAAGACGAGUGUACCCCAGAUAUUCUUUAAUUCUACGUAUGUUGGAGGGAACCUGGAGUUAAACAAGGCAUUCUCCAACCCUGAGAGGAAAGCUGAACUUCUCAAGGUUCUGGAGGAGGAAGAAAAUACUGAGGAGCGCCCCCUGCUGCCCCACCCUAGCGAGGCUGAAGGCGUGUCUGAUGUGCUGCAUGGCGAUGUAUCCUGUGAAAAGGAGGAGAAUGUAGAUCUAAUUAAUCAAGCCAAAGAACAAGGAGUUUUUAAAACAAAUAAAAGGGGAUUGUUUUGCGGAAGUGUCCCUGAUUCUGCAACCGGAAGUGAGUUGGUUAGUUUCCUGGUUCAAAGUAAAGGACUGGAGGAACAAGAGGCGGUUGAAACCUUAAAGCAGAUUCUGGAGAAAAAUCUUAUCCUUAGUGUAGAGAACAAGGAGAUAUUUGAACCAGAUUCAUCUUUGUAUAGGUUUGGAUUAUCCUAUUUAUCUGGGCUAAAUACUGAAUAUCCUCCUGAAUGCGUGAGCCCACCUGCUGACCAGGCUGCGCAGGAUAUCCGGAAAGUUGUUCUCAAACUUUUCGCGGAUUUUCUCUCUCCAGAUGGCAAAUAUGUCGACUAUAAGGGAAUGGCAUCCUCUUCAUUGUGGGAAAAGUUUAAAUUGCUUGUCAGUCAGCUGCAGCGUGUUGACGUAUCUACCCUGAGCGAGGAUGAAAAGCUGGCGUUCUUCAUCAACAUCUACAACGUCCUUGUCAUUCAUGUAACUGUGGAAAGAGGAGUUCCUGGUAGUCUUUAUCAACGAUACAAAUUCUUCAGCUCUGUAAGCUACGUGAUCGGAGGGUUUCUCUACUCUCUCAACGAUAUUGAGAACGGGAUACUGAGGAGUAACAGGCAAUCCAUGGGAACCCUGUACAGGAAACCAUUUAAAUCUGGGGAUCCAAGGUUGAAGAUAUCCCUAGCUCAUGUGGAUCCUAGGAUACACUUUGCUCUCAACUGCGGAGCAAAGAGUUGUCCUCCGAUCAAAACCUUCUCCGGGGACCAGGUUCAGGAUCAGCUACAAGUAGCAACAUCUUCAUUUUUAGAGUCUGAUGAUGCUGUGGUGGUGAACACGGAUACCGGGAUAAUUAAUCUCUCCCAGCUGUUUAACUGGUACUCCGUAGAUUUCGGAGAUUCUCCUCGAGAUAUUCUAACCUGGAUCACGGAGCGGGCAUCAGGAGAGAAGAAGGCGCAGCUCUCCGAGCUCCUGGAGAAGGAUAAUUACAAGAUCGUGUAUCUCACAUACGAUUGGGGUAACAAUGAGAAGAAAUAGUGAUAAAAAAUUGAAAACUCAGAACAUGUUGUUUAAUCAAUUCAGAAAGAACUAAUCCGUAUCCUUUCCAUGGUUUAAUUAAGUUCACACCUUUUGGAUCUAUUAAAACUGCUAGAACAAGUUACAUUCCUCAAUCUGCUCUUGGUUAGAAAAGAUAAUGAAAAGUAGCUGUUUUUAAUGGAUUAAGCAAUUAAUCGCUUCAAAUUAAAAGUUUCUGUUGUGGAUAUUAAGAUUAGAUGUUAGCGCUAAAAACGUUCUGUUCUCAGUAUUCAGUAUUAAUUUGUAACUGAUAUUUUUAUUUUUCUGCUUGUUUUAGAUGUGAUAUGAAGUUUGACGAAAAUUUUUUUUUGAUUCGUACAUAAUAUGACCACAUAUUCAUGUAUAUUAUUAUUAUCCUUGCAUAAACUACAGUACAAAAUCCGUCCUAAAUGUUCACUUAUGCACAAUACAUUAUACAUUUAUAGUAAUAGUAUCUAAGUAUAUACAAUACACUUCUAUGUGAUUUUAAUAAGUUAACUUACUGUGAUGAUUUUAAAAAACAACUUCUCAAUACUUUACAAAUGUAUUUAAUAAAUUUAAUUGUUAUUUAUAUCAAUAUUUUCAUUGUAUUUACACAAUAACAGCUCAAUACACCUUGCAAAUGCAUGUUUGUAGCGCAAUUUUGUAAAGGAAUUGCUUACUUAAAAAUUUCGCCAUUUGCGCCAGUUUACCGCAAGAACAGCGCCAUUUUAAUUUUAGAAGUGGUUUUAUUUGUGUUAUAUUUCAGA